CCCUGGCUUGAUCUGGGAUCCUCUGAUCCCUCCCGUCACUGCACCACGCCCGAGAUGAAUCUACGUUCUGUAUUUACUGUAGAACAACAAAGGAUUUUACAGCGUUAUUAUGAAAAUGGAAUGACAAAUCAAAGUAAAAAUUGCUUUCAGCUCAUAUUACAGUGUGCACAGGAGACUAAGCUGGACUUCAGUGUAGUCAGGACGUGGGUUGGCAAUAAGAGAAGAAAAAUGAGUAGUAAGAAUUCUGAAUCAGGAGCAGCAACAACAGGAACUGUUUCUGGUACUCCUUUGGCAGCUCCAGACGUUACAGUCAGAAAUGUGGUUAAUAUUGCUCCACCCGCAAGCCAACAGUCUUCUUGGACAUUGCCCAAUAAUGAUGUCAUUGUAACUGGUAUAUACAGUCCAGCCAGUUCAUCAAGUAGGCAAGGGACAACCAAACAUACAAAUACACAAAUUACAGAAGCACAUAAAAUCCCUAGUCAGAAAACAGCCAGUAAAAAUGAUACUGAGUUUCAGUUGCACAUUCCUGUUCAAAGACAAGUAGCACACUGUAAAAAUGCCUCUCUGCUCUUAGGUGAAAAAACAAUUAUUUUGUCAAGACAGACAAGUGUGCUAAAUGCUGGAAACUCUGUAUACAAUCACACAAAGAAACACUAUGGAAGCUCUUCAAUGCAAGCCUCUGAGUUGACGGUACCACAAAAGCCAUCUGUGUGCCACCAACCUUGCAAAAUUGAACCAGUCGGAAUUCAAAGAUCAUAUAAGCCUGAACACACGGGUCUAGCAUCACAAAACUUAUGCGGGCAAAAGCCACCUAUUAGAGACCCUUACUGCAGAACACAAAACUUGGAAAUCCGUGAAGUAUUUUCAUUGGCAGUUAGUGAUUACCCCCAGAGAAUUCUGGGAGGAAAUGCCCCACAGAAGCCUCCUAGUUCAACAGAAGGAAUUUGUUUGUCCAUUGCAAUGGAGACUGGAGAUGCUGAUGAUGAGUAUGCCAGAGAGGAAGAGUUGGCAUUGAUGGGAGCACAGAUACCAAGCUACUCAAGAUUUUAUGAAAGUGGCAGUUCCCUUCGAGCUGAGAACCAAAGUACAGUUUUGCCCGGACCAGGAAGAAAUAUGCCAAAUUCACAAAUGGUGAAUAUUAGAGACUUGUCAGACAAUGUACUGUAUCAAAACAGAGAAUACCAUUUGACACCACGGACCUCAUUACAUACAGCAUCUACUACAAUGUACAGUAAUACAAAUCCAUCACGGAGUAAUUUUUCUUCACAUUUUGCAUCAUCAAACCAAUUGAGGUUAUCACAAAACCAAAACAAUUACCAGAUUUCAGGAAACCUUACUGUGCCUUGGAUUACAGGGUGUUCUAGAAAAAGAGCACUACAAGACCGCACUCAGUUCAGUGACCAAGACUUAGCCACCCUUAAGAAGUACUGGGACAAUGGCAUGACCAGCCUUGGCUCUGUUUGUAGAGAGAAAAUUGAAGCAGUUGCAACUGAAUUGAAUGUUGACUGUGAAAUAGUUCGGACUUGGAUUGGGAAUCGAAGAAGGAAAUAUCGUUUAAUGGGGAUUGAAGUUCCACCUCCAAGAGGAGGCCCUGCUGAUUUUUCUGAGCAACCCGAAUCUGGUUCUUUAUCUGCACUCACACCAGGAGAGGAAGCUGGUCCUGAAGUAGGAGAGGAUAAUGACAGAAAUGAUGAAGUAUCCAUCUGUUUGUCUGAAGGAAGCUCGCAAGAGGAGUCCAGUGAAGUUGUUCCAAAUGAGGCAAGGGCUCAUAAGGAGGAGAACCACCAUACAGUAUCCGCAGAUAAUGUGAAAAUAGAAAUUAUUGAUGAUGAAGAAAGUGACAUGAUAAGUAAUUCUGAAGUAGAACAAGUGAAUUCUCUCUUGGAUUAUAAGAAUGAAGAAGUCAGAUUCAUUGAAAAUGAGCUAGAGAUUCAAAAGCAAAAAUAUUUUAAACUUCAGACAUUUGUAAGAAGCUUGAUACUAGCUAUAAAAGCUGACGAUAAGGAACAACAGCAGGCACUGCUGUCAGAUUUACCUCCUGAAUUAGAAGAGAUGGAUUUCAAUCAUGCCUCACCGGAGCCUGAUGAUACCUCAUUCAGUGUGUCUUCUUUAUCAGAGAAAAAUGCCUCAGACAGUUUGUGA